GCUGUGAGCUUUCUGUUGUUUUAAGGUGUGCCCUUCGGCUGGAAACAUUUAACGGGGUAAAAACGACAGGGCUUCAACAGUGUGUUGUGCUUCCAAACAACACUUCAGACGGACAUUUUUUGAAUUUAGAAAGUACCGAAAAGUUGAUAAACUACAAUCAGACGAUGGCUGUCGCCGGAAUUUUUCGGGUCAUGUUUUUUUCUGCUGUUUUGAUAUUCGCGUCUGCACAGUCACGUGAUGGCAAAACAAGAGGUUUCCUUGGCAUUCUGAAUGCUGAUAAUCGUGUGAAAGUUGACCAGAACACUAUAGAUACUCUAAAGAGCGGUCUCACAACCAUUUUCCUGCCAGUUAUUUACAUAAUUGUCUUUGCUGUUGGGUUGCCAAGCAACGCUAUGGCCAUAUAUGUUUUACUGUUCCGGUCAAAGAAAAUUUACCCCUCUGCCAUCUACAUGGCAAACCUGGCACUGGCUGACCUAAUGUUUGUUAUCUGGACACCUCUUAAAAUUGCUUACCACUUUAAAGGGAAUAACUGGACAUAUGGGGAAGGGAUGUGUAAAGUGAUGGUGGGUUUCUUCUACGCCAACAUGUACAGUUCCAUCCUCUUCAUUGCUUGUCUGAGUAUACAGCGGUACUGGGUUUGCGCUCACCCCCUUACGCAGCAGAGGAAAAACAACAAAUUUGCAAUGAUAGUUUCUGUUAGUAUCUGGAUCUUUAUUUGGGUCAGCACAACUCCUUUGUACCUGUACCAGCAGACUGCUAAACUCUCAGACCCGAACAUCACCACCUGCCAUGACAUCAACCUUAUCAAGCAAGAGAAUUUCGAUUUGAACAAUACGUUCCUGGACGUUCAGGAGCCCUACUAUUAUUUCAUGGUGAUGGCAGGUCUUGUGUUUUUCGUCCCAAUGGUAGUCAUCAUCGUUGCCUAUAUCCUACUGCUCCGAUCACUUGGGAACUCUGCAGUCGAGGGAAGCACUGGGAAAAACCGUCAAAAAGCUGUGGCCCUCAUCAUAACGGUGCUCAUAACAUUCCUAGUCUGCUUCAUUCCUAGUAAUGUGAUGCUUGUGGUACACUACUCAAUUCUGCGAAUGGGUUGGUCCAACAACGGCUACGGCUUCUACAUCACAAUGCUAUGCUUGUCUAGUCUAAACAGCUGUCUGGACCCUUUCGUCUAUUAUUAUGUGUCUGAUGAUUUCAGGGAACAUGUUAAGAACACGCUACUGUGCCACAGCAGUCGUACAGUGGAGAGGAUGAGAGUGUCUUUCAGUUCAAUGAAAUACUCUAAAAAGACCAACACGUACACUUCCAGUACAACCCACACGGAGAGUAGCACCUGCUGAGAGCACACCUGAAGAGGUGGAUAUGGACUAUAAUGGACAAACCGUGACACAAUGGUGGGAAGAUUCUCCUUUGAAUUAUGUUGAAGCUGAGAGUGAAUUUUGGCCUUGGACAGUCUGUGAUAUUUUGUUUUUCGUCUGUGAGACAUAAGUAAACCAAAAGCUGAUCAGAUGAUGGGGCCACAAAGACUUUUGAGUUUGAACAGAACAAAAUGUUUAGACUCUCCUGCUGAAGCACACUGUCUUAACCUCAAAGGGUUGUAACUUUCAUAAAACUUGAAGAGGAGCAUUUCACCAGAUUAUUUUGAUACAUUUUUAUAAUGCUCAGAUGGGCCUUGUUUAAUGAUAUUUAAUGUGAAUUCAUCUGCCCAUGGUGGGUAAAAUAUUACAAUGUUUUAAGCCUGUAUUUUUUAUAUUUUUAAUACUAGCUGUUUUUUCUAUUGCACAAUCUGAUUAACAAAGUUUUUUGCCUCUUUGUCACGCUGUAUUAUAGCUUUAAUUAGGUCAGCCACUUCUUAUCACUGAUGAAAGUUUGAGUGAUAUUUGAGAGAUGAUGAUGAUUCUUAAAGUGACACAUAUUUGACAUUUCAUACUGAAGCAACUGUAACUGUUAAAAAGAGCUUCAUAAUCUUAAACUUGCCUUUUGUCCAUCAUUUUACAGAUCCCAGCUGGUUCAAUGCACGUCUGUGAUCAUUUUCACUCUGUAAAACAAGUGGUUAAUCAUAAUUUGUAUCUCUCUUUAAACCACUAGGGCCUACAUCUCUUUUUUUGUUGUUGUUUGUGUAUCGCAUGUCACUGUAACACUAACAUUUUAAAUACAUUUUUGUUUUGUAAUUCAUUGGGACUCUUUUGUGAAGAAUUGUUAGUUUCCUAUAAAUAGUUGAGUUUGUAAUAUUCUGUGAUUUACCUGUUGAGUUACCAUGUCUAGAUGAGUCUUAGCUUGUGACACACUGUAUCAUCAAAACAAACUAUAAAUCUUACUAAAUGUAGUGAGUCAU